AUGCAUCAACGCAUCUCAACACUUCUCUCGCUGGGCAUGGCCCUCGCUGGCCGUGAGGCCGCGGCGCAGUUUGUCUCGGUAAACGGGCAGCACUUCGCGGUCGACGGCAAGGACUUCAUCUUCGCCGGCAGCAACGCCUACUACUGGCCUUUUAGCAACACACAAGCGGACAUUGAGCUCGGCAUGAAGGCCGCCCUCGACGCUGGACUCACUGUCUUCCGGACGUGGGGCUUCAACGAGGCCAACUCGACGUAUGACCCGAACGGCCUUCCACGCUACGGUCAGCAGGACCCGGCAACGGUGUUCCAGACGUGGUCGCCUGGUGGAGCGGUCGAGGUGAACCUGGCGCCGCUGGACAAGGUGGUCGCGGCAGCGGAAAAGACGGGCAUCAAGCUCAUCGUGACGCUGACGAACAACUGGGCCGAUUACGGCGGCAUGGACGUGUACACAACGAACCUCGGUUUCCGGUACCACGACGAUUUCUACCGUCAGCCGACCAUCAAGGCGGCGUACAAGAAAUAUCUCUCUGAGGUUGUCGGCCGGUACGCCGACUCACCAGCCAUUUUCGCGUGGGAGGUCGCCAACGAGUUGCGCUGUGCGGCCGAUGGUACGAGGAACCUGCCUUCGAGCGGCGACUGCACGCCGGAACUCCUGCUCGAGUGGGUAGACGAGAUCUCGACGCACGUCAAGAGCGUUGACGCAAACCACCUUGUGGCCACAGGUGGUGAGGGAGCUUUCAAUCGCCAGUCGGACGAUCACUUCUACAACGGUGGCGACGGCAACGACUUUGAUGGCGAACUCAAACUGCGGAACAUUGACUUUGGCGUCUUCCACUCGUACCCCGACUGGUGGAGCAAGACGGUCGAAUGGACAAACCAGUGGAUCCGAGACCACGCCGAGGCGGGCCGUACAGCGGGCAAGCCGGUGGUGCACGAGGAAUAUGGCUGGAUGACGGACAAGGCGCGUCAGGAACAGCUUGGAAAGACGGCUGACAAGGGACGGAUCGAGGUGUUGGGUGGGUGGCAGGCCAUCUCGAUUGAGGAGAAGAUAUCGGACAUGUUCUGGCAGUUCGGCUUCUCUGGAUACUCGUCGGGACGUAACCACGACGACGGAUUCACCAUCUUCUUGGAUGAUGAGGAGGCAAAGACGCUGGUGUACGAUCACGCAAAGGCCAUGAACGGUGUUUUUGCAUGA